AUGAAGAAGAAUAACAGAAAGUCUACUGUGAGGAGGGACGAGCAGGACCUCCGCGUCCCAGACUCCCAGGAUGCUGGAGAGCUUCAAAAUACGCUGGAUGGAGGAGAGUAUGCCCCUUUUGUAUCACCGCCCCUGUUAGAGAGCAAUUUUAUCCAAGUCAACAGGAGAGGUGAAUCCAUUUACCUUCAUAACCGAGCCAACUGGGUGGCCGUAGGCAUCUGCUCUUCCAGUCCCACCCACAAGACCCCCAACGUGAUGCUGCUGGCACAUCUGACACCCGCUGCCCAGAAAGAUUCAGAACCCCUGUUUAAAAGUCUCCUGACAUCUCCUAAUCCAGAGAAACUGGUGCUCACCAGGUUUCUCCCGCUGCAGUUUGUGACUCUUUCUGUGCACGAUGCUGAGAACAUGCGCAUCAAAGUAAAGCUGGUGAGUGGCCGAGCCUACUACCUGCAGCUCUGCGCCCCUGCCUGCAAACAAGACACCUUAUUUUGUCAGUGGGUGGAACUCAUCUCCCUCCUGAAUGAGGAGAAAGCCAAAGUUUCCAAAGUGUCAGAAGUCUCCAGCCUGUCGGAAAUCACAAACAGCACGGACGUCGCAGGCUCAGUGGACAUCGUGGGCAUUGCGGCCUUCACAGCCCUGCAGACCCAGCACCUGCACCCAGGCUCAGACCCCGGAUGUGCUGCGGAAAGCAUCGACUUCUCAGAAUUCACAGACAUCACCGAUGUCACUGACGUCACAGAUAUUCCAGAAAAUGAAGUCACAGAGGCCCCAGAUAUAAGAAUUGUAACCGAAGUCACAGAAGUCACAGACCUCUGUGAUGUCACAGUGGGCUCAGGGGUCACGGUGGUGUUUGAAAAUGAUGACAUACUCAGGGCCAAGCGGGAGGAAAAGGAAAAAAUGGAAAACCUUCUGAAGCCUGGGUGUCUACGAGAUACAAGAAGUAAGAGUGAGUUUAGAGAAUACUCAAAACAUGUUACCAUCUCAAACCUAACGCUGACUUUAGAAGGUGAUAGAUCUUUUCAAGCUACCUUGACUCCAGAAGAAAGUGAGACAAAUAAACCCAAAGAGCUGAGUGAUAAACUCUCUGAAAUAAGGACAACAGACUCUAAAAACACGGCUCUCAAGGCUGAAGAAUCCAGGAGCAGGAGAACUGAUUCUGACAUUUCAGGAUUGUACAGUUUUUCAGUUUUCCCUUUGAUUAGCAUUUCUUUCCCCCUUGUCACACUCUUUUGA